AAGAGCAAACUCUGGGUCGAGAGGCCCCAAACGGGACUCUCCCAGAAAGGUGCUCGGCCCCAAGCCCCGGAGACCCGGGAAGGCCGCCUCCGGAGGAGCCCCCGCAGACGCCAUACUAAAAGCCAAAAUGGCUGCCCGGAGGAGGCCCGCACCGCGUAGCUAGUGAAGGUUGGGGAGCAAGCUUCUGCGGGAAAGAGGGAGGGGGACUCCAAGAAAAGCCGUUGAGAGGACCAUCACACCCCGAGCAGCACAGGGUUCCAGUUACAGCCAUCCCUUGUCAUAACUUUUGAACUAUAUUUGGAAAAAUACUGGCCAGGAAAGAAAAAUGAUAAAAUUUUUCCUCAUGGUGAAUAAACAAGGGCAGACUCGACUUUCUAAGUACUAUGAACAUGUGGAUAUUAAUAAGCGUACACUUCUGGAAACAGAAGUCAUAAAGAGCUGUCUCUCUCGGUCCAAUGAACAAUGCUCUUUCAUUGAAUAUAAGGAUUUUAAGCUGAUAUAUCGGCAGUAUGCAGCUCUCUUCAUUGUGGUUGGAGUUAAUGACACUGAGAAUGAGAUGGCUAUUUAUGAAUUCAUUCAUAACUUUGUGGAAGUUUUAGAUGAGUAUUUCAGCCGAGUGAGUGAAUUAGAUGUAUCCUUUUUCAAUACUGUUUUCCACGGUACUUGGCAAGCGCACUCUAGUCCUUAUCAGACUCUCUUGCCUUCAAUGGAGACUGGGUCAAAUUACAUUGUCCUGCAUAAAUGAAGAUGCUGACAAACUGUUCUUCAUAAAAACUGAAAGAGGACUAAACGGAUUAAAACAGAACUUUUUACUGGAUCUGGAAAAAAUAGUCAAAUAUAAUAUCAGAACUGCACAAAGGAUAAAAAACAAAAUACUUUAUAUUCCUAAAGAACAUCCAGAAGACAAUUUAUAGUUACUCAGAAACUUACACCUACAGACCACUGAACCAAUUGGUUUUUAGUCCAAUAAUUACACAGGACUAAAUAUUCAGUGCCUUUUACUGGAUGGCCAGUAGAAGAAGUCUGCCAUUAUAUUUAAUUAGUUUCUAAGGGUACACAUUUUUUUUUUGUAAUCAACUUUCUCAGGUUGAAAGGUCUGCAUUUUUAAAACAUUGUAAUGCUUUGAAAUCAGAAUGUAUCUUACAAACAAUGGCAAGUCAGAAUUAAAUUGCAACAUUUUUAACCUUAGCAAUAUAAAAAAAUUGGUGUGUCUUACAAUCAACAGCCUCUUUAAUUUGAUGAA